AUGGCUAGUUUGACAUCUGUUGCAAAGGCUGCUGCCACCAUCACCAAGAACCCAUUUUUGAUCAAGAUCUUCAGUCCAGCUGCUAAGAUCUUUACCUCCUACUCUGGUUACAGACAGAUGGGGUUGAAACUCGACGAUAUCCUCAUCGAAGAGACUCCAGUUAUGCAAAAGGCGAUCUCGAGAUUGCCUGCUUCUGAGAGUUAUGCCAGAAACUACAGAAUUCUGACUGCUCACCAGUUGUCGCUGUCGCACCACGUUCUUUCGGCUGCCAAGUCGGUUAAGCCAGAGGAGGACGAUGCCUAUUUGACCCCAUACAUCCUGCAGGCCGAGUUUGAGGCUCAAGAGAAGGAGGAGCUGGACAACGCUGUUUUCCAGAAGGCCUAG